AUAAGAGGAGCGUGGAGUCCCGCACGGAUCACGUCUUGGAAACUGGGGACAGAUGCCUCAGGAUAGUCAUCCAGAAGGGAGAAGGUGCCCUGAGCAAGAGCCCGCUUACGGAGCAGGCCUCCCCCGGCUCCUCCAUCCCUUCCAGCGCUUCCCCGCCUCAGCAGGAGCCGCAGGCAGCCAGAGGCCAUGGAGACAAGGCAAGAGAAGGCAUUACCGACAAGAUAUUUCUUACAGUAUCUGCAACUUUGAACACCAGUAUGUUCACUGAACGGGACAGGGAGAAAAUUACUAUUAUAUGUCCAAAUUUAAAAAGAGAAAGAAAUCCUGGUGUCCAUGGCUCUGAGAAACUGACAGGAGAUUUUACAGAUAUUGAAAAAGCUUAUCACUACUUUAAGGAUAUCCUUGAAGACAGUGGCCCAAACCCUCAUCUUUCACAUUCUGAAAGUAAGACUGGUUUAAAGGAUGAAAAUGAUCUGAAUACUGAAGAAAUGAAUGAGCUUACAGUUCCAUCAGCUCUCUAUGAGUAUUUCAGUCAUGCCUGCAAAGAACAAAUCCAAGUGCUGCAUCAGCGUUUUGGAGUGCGUAUCAGAAGUGAAGAUCAUAGCAGCGGAAAUACGUCAAUAUGCUUCACUGCUGAUAAAAGUCCUGCAUCAAUACAAGAAGCUAACGAUUUUUUUAUCAGAGUUUUUCAGAAAAGUGUAGAAAAUCUGAAACAGGAAAAAAUUCCCCUAGCAAAGAGUUACACAUUAAAUGAGACAAUAAUGAAAUUAAAUACUAGAUUUAGUAACCUUCUUGCCAAAGAGGAAGAGAAACAGUUGCUACUCCGAGGUCCAGCAACUGAGAUUUUAGCUGCCAAAAAAUUUCUAGCAGAGGAAGGGGAGAAAAGCCAAGCUGAAAAGAAUGUGAAAAUAUCAUCUGAACUGUACAAAUACAGGAAUGGAAUUGCAGUUGAUGCUUCCGUGUUUAAAUUGUUAGAAACAAUAUUGAGCAAAGAAAUUGAAGACAUUAAAGACAAAUUUGAUACAAUAAUAGAAAAGAAAGAUAGUUCAUGUGGCCAGAAUAUGCUCAUAAUAUUUAGGCCUAGGAUCGAAACUCCUGAUAUGUCUUCACAUGCUACUGAAAGUUUCAUCAGUGCAUUUCAGAGUGCCUUUGCAAUGUUAAGAGAAACUCUCAUCAGCUCAAAGCUGUCAGAAGAUCAGAAGAAAAGAUUAAAUAUGCUGCUUAGUGGAAAACAAUUGGAAGACCUGCAUGUAAAACUCAAGAAGAAGAAAGACAAAUUCAUCUUAAGUGGUUUACCAAACCAUCUUUCUGCUGCUGAAAAGCACAUCAUGAAUCUUCUGAGCAUAGAAGACUCAGCACAAACUAAAACCAAGAUGCCCUUGUCCUCUGUUCACAGGUAUCAAGAAGCUACAGGAGCAUUUGAGAAGAAAUACAACAACAGACAAAAGCAUAAUCUUUCUUCUGAAGGACAGAGUAAGGCAAAAACAGAAGAAGAGAACAAAUAUAUGUGUCCAAUUUGCAUGGAGACAAUUAAUGAUAAAAAAAUACUGAGAAAGUGCAAUCAUGCCUUUUGCAGAAGUUGCAUCAACCAAGCCAUGAGUUAUAAGAAUGCCUGUCCUCUUUGUAACACUGUCUAUGGGCUCCUGGAAGGAGACCAGCCAGAGGGAACCAUGUCAACUAGGGUAGAACACUCAGCUCUCCCUGGUUAUCCCAACUGUGGCACUAUUGUGAUUACAUACACUAUCUACAGUGGCAUUCAAACUAGAAACCACCCAAACCCAGGGAGACCUUAUGCUGGAACUACACGAAGAGCAUAUUUACCUGACAACAGGGAAGGGCAAGAAAUUCUGCAGCUCCUCAGAAAAGCCUUUGACCAAAAAUUGAUUUUCACGGUGGGGCAGUCACAUACUACUGGUGUGCAAGAUGUCAUCACGUGGAAUGAUAUCCACCACAAAACUGCCACGACUGGAGGACCUACUAAUUUUGGUUACCCUGAUCCUGACUAUCUGCAACGGGUUCGGACAGAACUGAAAACAAAAGGAAUUGAAUAA